AUGUCAUCCGAUGAUGUAAUAGUACAAACCAACUCUGCUUCGAUUAUUGAGAAAGAAAAGAGUCCAAAAAGGGCUACUUUCUCAAUCAGUGUGGACAACGACGACAAUGAUGAGCAUAACAACUAUAGCAAUGACUACGUCGACGACGACGACGACAAUGAUGAUGAUCAAUCAUCAGAGGAUACAACGAGCAAUGCGAGUGACUCUGUCACGACGCCAACUAAAUCCACUGGCGGCGUAAACAACGAUAUAUGUAUUAAUAGCAGUGUACAACUAAGCGUCGAGAAUGGAACCACCGCCGAGUAUGGUAGUCCAAAGACAAACGGUGGUGGUAUCACCCGAUCCAGUCCCCUCGACCGUAAGAAACAACUGCAACAGACUUCAAACAUCACCCAAGAGAGUAUCAGAUCUUCUAUUCCCGAUGAUAUCUGGUGCAAGAUUCAACAAUGGACUGUAAAGUUUGCCUUUAUCACAAAGGGUGCCAAACUCAUUUCGACAUCCAAGCAACACAAGUUCAAGUCACCAGUGACUAUCACUGAGGCACUGGCAUUCUUGGAUGGUGUGUUUAGCGACUUGGAUCUACUUGAUAGCGAUGAUGAUGAAUGA